AUGGCCGCCGCGUGUGUGAGGCUGCGCAGAGUCACCUCGUACAGCGCGUUACUGCACAGAAGACUAAAGAGCGACCCCUGCCUGUACCCCAUCCCCUCCACCUCCAUGCUGGAUGCCACCAGGAACAUUCCCCGGGUCCUUCUCCUCAUGGCGGUCAAAGCCACUCUCCUUACAGAGCAGUACAUCCUCCAUGUGCUGCACAGGACUCUGAUGUCAGAAGGUCUCCCGGAGCCGUGUGUCUCGCCGGGCCUCAGCCUCUGUCACCGCCUUCUUUGUAUCCGGAGCCUCGUCGCCUGGGACAGCACGUUGUGCCAGGCGCUAAGCUCCGCCCUGACGGAUAAGUGCGCAGCCUCCUCGUUGGGUAGAGGAGAUCCGGUCCCCGGGAAUCACAGCAGGACCUCUGGGAUUCUGGUGACUCUGUGCCAACACCUCUCCGGCUUCCAGUACGCACCGAGCACCGGCCACCAACCAUCUUCCCAGGGACCCCGGAACCUCGGUGACCGCCCGUCCUCUGAGCUGCGUGCGGUCACCUGCCAGGAGGGGCUCCUGAGCCGCUGCACUGUGUCCCUGCACCUCUGUGACAUGUGGUUACGAAGCCGCACCCAGAUCUUCACGUCCUCCGGAUCCCUCAGUCAGCUGGUUCUGAUCACACAUGGAGACCUCCCGGUAAGAAGCCGCCGAUCCCCUCGCCAGCGCCGGGUCCUCCCCACCCCUCCGUAUUGUACGGGCCUGGUGGUCUCUCUGCCUCAUGUUCUGGGCUCUGUGUGUUCGCGGAGGGCCCAGGACUUCUUCCAGCACAUGAUGCCAGCGGGGCGGCACUGGAGGGGGAAGCUGGUAACAGGCCCGGAUCUGGCACCCAGCGAGUACGCCGAGGCUGCGGUCAGCGCGGUGGUGGUCCCGGUCCUGGAUGGGGUAACUUCACUGCGUCUGGAGGAACAGGUGCCGGCGGUGUGUGUGGCAGCGGGUGUGUUCAUGGAAGCCUGGAUGGGACAUAUCCUGCGGGAGAAGAUAAAAUUCAGUUUGCAGGGGGCCCUCCAGCUCAGGCGUGACUUUGAGAGUGUGCGGGAGGUGCUGCGGUCUCACGAGUCCACGAUGCCCCCAGACGUGGUCCAGACCGCCCUGGCUCUCCCAGUUUUUGCCCAAGCCGAUAACGCCAUCGUGUGCCUCUUGCAGCAGCCGUCUCGCAAGACCUACCUGCAGUCCGGGAGCUGCGCGGUCUUCUCAUGCUGUCCUCCUCUGUGCCGGGUGGCCGUGGACAGCAUGUCAGACAGUCUGCAGAGUCUGGACAGCCUGGAGAGGAGAGCGUGGGACGGGGACGUCUCUAGACGUGUGCCACGACACAGCCAUGAUUCCUACCUGCCGCACAAUCAGCGCCAGUGGCUUUCCCUGCGUGUCAACAAGACAUGGAAUGGACUGAGCCUGCCCUGGGAGGGGCGAGAAGUGUCAGAAGGAUGA